CCAUUGUUCGACAAGGUGUCUAAUGACAUCAUGGGCAAAACAGCCCAGAAAGACAAAAAAGAUGUUACACAAGAGAAGCCGAGGGGUACCAGCGAUGUCCCUACUCCUCUCCAGACUACAAACAGUGAACCAUUCAACUGGGAGGAUUACUUAAAGACGACUACCUCUGUGCCAGCACCCCCCAACUGUUUUAGACAGUCCAGGAUUGCUCCUCCGAAUGAUUUCAACGUGGGUAUGAAAGUGGAGACAUACGAUCCUCGGAACGCUUCCUCCGUAUGUAUCGCCACUGUGAUGGGGCUGAUGGGAGCACGACUGCGUCUGCGGUUGGAUGGCAGCGACAGCACCAAUGACUUCUGGCGGCUGGUCGACUCUUCAGAUAUUCAGCCAGUUGGCACGUGUGAGAAGAGUGGAGACAUGCUGCAGCCACCACUAGGUUUCAGAAUGAAUGCGUCAUCCUGGCCUAUGUUCCUCUUAAGAACCUUAAAUGGAGCGGAAAUAGCACCGGCCUCCGCAUUUAAAAAGGAGCCACUCAAGCCGUUGCAAAACCAGUUCAAAGUGGGCAUGAAGCUGGAAGCCGUGGACAGAAAGAACCCGAGCCUGAUCUGCCCCGCCACCGUCGGACAGGUGCGUGGAGAUGAGAUUUUCAUCAUGUUCGAUGGCUGGCGUGGAGCAUUCGACUACUGGUGCAAGUACUUCUCCAGGGACAUCUUCCCCAUCGGCUGGUGUCACCUGACCAGCCACAGCCUCCAGCCACCUGGUACCAGCUUCACUCUACCCAAGAACCCGAUUCCUUCGCCCCGUUCCCGAUCGUGGCGACGCUCCAUGCAAUCCUCGUACCAGCUUCCUCACCCGCUGCCCCCGCUGCCCGUCAGAAAGGGCGUGCGGGGCCGCCGGCCCAAGAGCCAGACCAUCGCCAUGCUCAAGGCCAUACAGAACGGCCAAACGCAAUUGCAAAGCAGCCUACACAAGAGCAUGGAGUCUGAACACCCGGAGCCCCGGCUGCACAAAAAGAGAGGUCCCAAACCCGGCAGCAAGAGAAAAGCAAGAGUUCUUCCUGCUCUGUCCAGUCCGUCUCUGUCCUCGUCAGUCUCAGACGGCCGACUCUCCAGUCUUCAAAUGACCAAAGAUUCUGGGUUGCUGUCCACAGUGUGUGUAUAUGUGAACAAGCAUGGCGAGUGUGGGCCGCAUCUGGACCGAAAGCUGAUGCUGCAGCUGCCGGAUCAUUUCGGACCAGGCCCGGUGAACACGGUGCUGCAGCACGCAGUGCAAGCAUGCGUGGAUUGCGCGUACCAGCCCAAAACUCUCUUUAGCUUCCUGCAGUCCCAGUCAGAUGGCGGAGAGAUCAUCCGAGUUCGCUCUGAUGGAGGGAUCCACUAUGUUAAGUUGCCUCGAGCCUCCAGUGCUUCAUUUGUCCUGCGCUUCCUUGAGACUCUGUGUCACCAUUUGCAGUCGGACAACCUGUUCAGCAGCCAGCCGUUCAGUCCAUUAACCGCCAGCACACACAGCGCCUACGAGAGGAGUAAGUCAGUGAAGGAAGAGACGUCGGAAGCAUUAUCUAUAGUGCGAGGUAGCAGACGCUUCACCAGAGACUCCUCCACAUAUAGCACUCCAACUCCUACGAAUCCACCGAGAACAGACACACACUCUUCAGAAGGAGAAACCAUCCCCUCAGAAAACGGAGUCUCUGCUGAGCAGCAUUUCUCAGAGGAGCCCAUGGAUACUAGUUCCGCUCCAUCUCGACCUCCUGCAGUGCGCAACUCAACCGAGCAUCGCAGUCCAGCUGGGAACAGCCCACACUACUCUCCCCAACAACCCCCUCUGCGUCGGGUCGCCUCCAACCCGUCUGAGCUGACCACCACGCGCAUGCUUAGACGAGUGGAAGGUACGCUAUCUGCCAGCUCUACCACUGGUCCAGAUCACCAGGCAGUUGAGCGAGAGACAUCCAACAGGAGCCCGUCCUCAUGGAGCAUAGAGGAAGUGAUGCAGUUUGUGCGGGACGCAGACCCUCAGGCCUUAGGACCGCACGCUGAACUCUUCAGGAAGCACGAGAUCGACGGCAAGGCUUUGCUGCUGCUGAGAAGUGACAUGAUCAUGAAGUACAUGGGCCUAAAGUUGGGUCCUGCUCUCAAACUGUGCCAUCAUAUUGAAAAACUGAAACAAGGCAAACAGUAGCUUCACUCGAGCAUCGGGUCGCAUGCAGCCUUCAGUGGAGCACGUAAAGUCCCCUUGCAAUUAAAACCGGACGAGGACCCAAAGAUGGAUUUGCUUGCAGUUAAUGUUAAACACCAAAUCCUUGUAAUGGAAAAAGUUGAGCUUAUUUGAAGCGUGAUCAUUGUUAAAACAAGCUGAAAACAAUGCGAACAGUCAUGCACGCUAGAGACAGACGUGUCUUCAAAGAGCCUUUUAGACAGCAGAGGGGCAAAAUGCUCUUCUCAAUUAUACUAAUUUUAUAUAGGGAUCAUCUUAGACAGAAAUGCGGGUUAAAUACUGCCACUAGCGACCUCAAACGACUCCUUUUGUGAGAUGAAACAAUGCAGGAACUAUUCAGCAGCUGGACUAAGCUGAACCCCAAAGGAUUACUACGUCUCUGUGAUAGAAGAACCAUGUUUAAACUGUAAGCCCACCUCCAUACACACACACACACACACAUACACACACACAUGCAAGCACACACAACUUUAAUAGUGAUUUAAAGCAAAGAAGAAGAAGGGAAGAAAAAGAAAAAACGAUGCACAGAACGUAAUAACCCAUCAUGUAUUAUUUGGUAGAGAGAUUUACAUGCUCUUUUUUUAUUGUGAACAAAUUUCUGUAACUUCAAACAGAGCUGUUAUAAAACAAUCGCUAAUACCGUUUACUAUGAUUAUACUGUAUUUAAACACAUUUCAUAAUGUUCAAUCAGGAAACAUUUUAUUAAGACACAUCAUCCUACACCAAAAUAUGAAAGGCAGCUAUCCAUUUUUCAUUAUUGAUUGUAAAAUAAAAUAUCGUUUUUAAGUCGAGGGUGUUAGAACAAAUCAGUUUAAAUACACUAGAACAACUGCUUCUCCUCUUUUAAUUUAUUGCUCCUCAGGAUGCCAGGGUUUUUGCUUUUUGCGUAUGUAUCCAGUUUUAAAGUCGUGCCAUCUGUCUGCAGUGAUUUAGAAUUUUUUUUCUUUUAAUGAUUCUUAUUUAUAUGAUUUAGAUAGUGUUCUAUACAGGUUAAAGUUUACAAAAAAGUUUCUAAAGACGUCUGUUGUUUUAUUUGAAGUCACAGACAACUUGGAGAUUUUGGCAAACAUCAAACCUUUUUUUUUAUAGCUAAAAUACCACUCGUUAAAAUUAAAACAAAUAAAGUAAUUCAUUAAUAUAAGAUGAUCCCAGGCUGUGAAUUUAUCAGCAGAGAAAAUAUCUGCACAAAUACGCACAUUGUUGCUGGGGUUAAAUUAUCUUUUGCUACCACACAGAACCACUAAACUGUAAAUCCAUAUAAUGGGCUCCAUUUACUAAUCUCAGACUUUUCAUGCUAAGUGAUCUCUUUUUUUUUUUUUUUUUUUUUUCAUCACGGUUUCUCAUUUUUGUCUCUUGGUGCUGUUUCAAUCUUAAUAAGCACAAUGCUGCAUUUUGUAUGGAAAAAAAUGUAUACUUUUAUAUGUGUAUGUGUUAGUUCUUAGGGCAUCCCUACAUUUCUUUUUUUAAUUCUCAGGUUUUCAUUUAUUUUGUAUACUUUUACUUUUAAUAGCUUACAUUGUGUGCUAUUAAUUUUUUUUUAAGGUUGCAUUUCUUUCAUAUUUUUCACUGGAACAAAACUUGAAAGAGGCUUUAUGUUUGACCUCAUUUAAAAUAUAGCCAUUUCCAGUACAACUUUUAAAAUAAAAUUUCAAAACAAUAUUAUGCCAUGUUUUGCUUCUUGAAAAACUUUUACUGUUACAGGUAUUG